CGCACAACUAUAAAGGCAGGAAGAGAGGGCUAAAGGGCUCCGGUUGCCUUCCGAGAUCCCUCUAAGCCGCUGUCUCUCGUCUCCAACUCUUUGGUAUUCCAUUCCAUCUCUCUAAGGGCAGAAUGGGUAGUUCUGGUAAUAAUGGAAGUAUCUAUGGGGAAUACACCUAUGCAAACUUGGAGAGGGAGCCAUACUGGCCUUCCGAGAAGCUACGCAUCUCCAUCACAGGAGCUGGAGGCUUCAUUGCUUCCCACAUCGCAAGGCGUCUGAAGAGCGAGGGGCACUACAUUAUUGCCUCUGACUGGAAGAAGAAUGAGCACAUGACCGUGGAUAUGUUCUGCCAUGAGUUCCACCUUGUUGAUUUAAGGGUCAUGGACAAUUGCUUGAAGGUCACUUGUGGUGUGGACCAUGUAUUUAAUCUUGCUGCUGAUAUGGGAGGGAUGGGUUUUAUUCAGUCGAACCAUUCUGUGAUCAUGUACAAUAACACCAUGAUCAGUUUUAACAUGCUUGAAGCUGCAAGGAUUAAUGGUGUGAAAAGGUUUUUCUAUGCCUCCAGUGCAUGCAUUUACCCAGAAUUUAAGCAGUUGGACACUAAUGUGAGCUUGAAAGAAUCUGAUGCUUGGCCUGCAGAGCCUCAAGAUGCUUAUGGCUUAGAGAAACUUGCAACAGAGGAAUUGUGCAAGCACUACACUAAGGACUUUGGUAUUGAGUGUCGGAUUGGGCGGUUCCAUAACAUCUAUGGCCCUUAUGGAACUUGGAAAGGUGGGAGAGAGAAGGCCCCUGCUGCUUUCUGUAGAAAGGCAAUCACCUCUACCGACAAGUUUGAAAUGUGGGGAGAUGGGCUGCAAACACGAUCCUUCACGUUCAUUGAUGAAUGUGUGGAAGGUGUCCUGAGAUUGACAAAGUCAGACUUCAGAGAGCCAGUGAACAUUGGAAGUGAUGAAAUGGUGAGCAUGAAUGAGAUGGCUGAGAUAGUACUCAGUUUUGAGAACAAGAAGCUGCCCAUCCAUCACAUUCCUGGUCCAGAGGGCGUCCGUGGCCGCAAUUCUGACAACACUCUGAUUAAAGAGAAACUGGGUUGGGCGCCAACAAUGAAACUGAAGGAUGGUCUGAGGAUUACAUAUUUCUGGAUAAAGGAACAAAUUGAAAAAGAGAAAGCUCAGGGGGCAGACUUGUCUGUUUAUGGAUCAUCCAAAGUGGUUGGGACACAAGCACCUGUUCAACUGGGUUCGCUUUGUGCAGCUGAUGGAAAGGAACGAAAUUGAAGUUAUUUCCAGUGGCUGUGGGGCACUGACAUGAUCGUCCAGGUUGAAAGGGGAGUCAAACUCUGGGCAUGGAUGGCGGAAAUUUAGAGUGAAAUGUAGUGUCUGGUUUUCACAUUAUUGAUGCUAGUAAGUUUAAAGGAUGCCUUUAUUUCCAUGUCAUAGUGGUCUUUGGUGGUUGUGCAUUCUACUGUUAUUAGAGUUUAUAUAUGACAUGUAUUAAAGUUGCAUGCAUUGUCUUUUAUACAGGAGAUGCAAAUCCCUCUUUGUUAUUCUGUUGAACUUGAAUACUUGCGUCAUGUAUAUCAGAUUUCUGGCAUCCUAUUAUAGUGAAAAUUUGAGUUUUAAUAAUUAA